CCCGCACCCCUUCCCCUUCCCUCAUAUCCCCCUCCCCUUUUCCCCCGACCCCCCCCCGCGCCCUCCCCCGCUGCGCCGUCCAUGGUUACGGGCGGCCGAGGCGGCCUCGCAGCGGAGCCGUUUGGGCGGGAGCCGGUGAGGGAGCAGCGGCCGCAGGGUGCUUUGAGAAUAAUCAUCAGCCUUAACAAGGAUUGAUUGAGUGUGUGCUCCUCAUCCUCCUGGUUUGGUUUUAAUCAGAAAAAGCUUUGGUCGUCGCGUCGGGGAGGCAAAGAGGUGAAUGAACGUCCCUUUCAAGGGGGCAGCACUGGAAGAACCUUUAUGGGCUCCUAAUGAAGUGCAGGUGGACGAUUGACUGAUGAUAAUUAAGGUCAACAUGGAUUUGUGGUUCUUUCUCCUUUUGCUCGGAAGUGGCCUGAUAAGUGUAGGUGCUAACAACGUUACAACAGAGCCACCCACAACAGUGUCCACCUCCCCCAGGAGCCCCACCAAAGCUCCUACAGCAGGUCCUGAGGAUGGGACCACACCCAACACACACAGACUCAACAUGAGCACUCCAGGGACUGUUCCUACCACAGCGCCAAAACCUCCUCCAACCACAGCUGCCAGAAUCUCCUCCAAUGCCACCAGUGGCAGCCUCAACAUCUCCUCCACCCUGGGGCCAACCCUGCCUGUGCCUCCAGCCCCAUCCCUGCUCCCCAGCGUGACGCCGUCGGUCCCACACGCCACCGUCCCCAGCACGGAGGCAGAGACAACAGAGAGGAAUUUCAGCAUGGUGGUGACAACACAGGAGACCUCUUCUGCUUCCCACAAUGGUAACUCUGACAGAAGAGAUGAGACUCCCAUUAUAGCUGUGAUGGUGGCCCUGUCCUCCCUCCUAGUCAUAGUAUUUAUUAUUAUUGUUCUGUACAUGUUGAGGUUCAAGAAAUACAAGCAGGCAGGGAGCCACUCCAACUCCUUCCGUCUGUCCAAUGGCCGGACAGACGACACAGAGCCCCAGAGCAUGCCCCUGCUCGCCCGCUCGCCCAGCACCAACCGCAAGUACCCCCCGCUGCCCGUGGACAAGCUGGAGGAGGAGAUCAAUCGCCGCAUGGCUGAUGACAACAAGCUCUUCAGGGAGGAGUUCAACGCUCUCCCAGCGUGUCCCAUACAGGCCACGUGUGAAGCUGCUUCCAAGGAGGAGAACAAGGAGAAGAACAGAUAUGUGAACAUUUUGCCCUAUGAUCAUUCCAGGGUUCACCUGACUCCUGUGGAAGGGGUCCCUGACUCCGACUACAUCAACGCCUCCUUCAUCAAUGGGUACCAAGAGAAAAACAAGUUCAUUGCUGCACAAGGACCAAAGGAAGAAACAGUGAACGAUUUUUGGAGGAUGAUUUGGGAGCAAAACACAGCGACAAUUGUCAUGGUGACCAACCUGAAGGAGAGGAAAGAGUGUAAAUGUGCUCAGUACUGGCCGGAUCAGGGCUGCUGGACCUACGGGAACAUCCGAGUGUCCGUGGAGGACGUGACCGUGCUGGUGGAUUACACCGUGCGCAAGUUCUGCAUCCAGCAGGUGGGAGAUGUCACAAACAAGAAGCCUCAGCGCCUGGUGACCCAGUUCCACUUCACCAGCUGGCCUGACUUCGGGGUGCCCUUCACCCCCAUUGGGAUGCUGAAAUUCCUGAAGAAGGUGAAGACCUGCAAUCCCCAAUAUGCAGGAGCCAUAGUGGUGCACUGCAGUGCCGGGGUGGGACGCACGGGCACGUUCAUCGUCAUCGACGCCAUGCUGGACAUGAUGCACACGGAGAGGAAGGUGGAUGUGUACGGCUUCGUCAGCCGCAUCCGGGCCCAGCGCUGCCAGAUGGUACAGACAGAUAUGCAGUAUGUGUUCAUAUACCAAGCACUUCUGGAGCACUAUCUGUACGGUGACACAGAGCUGGAGGUGACCUCCUUAGAGAUCCACCUCCAGAAGAUCUACAACAAAGUGCCAGGGACCAGCAGCAACGGGCUGGAGGAGGAGUUCAAGAAGCUCACUUCAAUCAAAAUCCAGAAUGACAAGAUGAGAACGGGCAACUUGCCAGCCAACAUGAAGAAGAACAGGGUGCUUCAGAUAAUUCCAUAUGAGUUCAACCGAGUAAUCAUUCCAGUGAAGAGAGGGGAAGAGAACACAGACUAUGUAAAUGCUUCCUUCAUUGAUGGCUAUCGCCAGAAGGAUUCCUACAUCGCCAGCCAAGGGCCGCUGCAGCACACGAUAGAGGACUUCUGGAGGAUGAUCUGGGAGUGGAAAUCCUGCUCCAUAGUGAUGCUGACAGAGCUGGAGGAGAGGGGCCAGGAGAAGUGUGCCCAGUACUGGCCCUCCGACGGCUCCGUGUCCUACGGGGACAUCACGGUGGAGCUGAAGAAGGAGGAGGAGUGUGAGAGCUACACAGUGAGGGACCUGCUGGUGACCAACACCAGGGAGAACAAGAGCCGACAGAUCCGGCAGUUUCACUUCCAUGGCUGGCCAGAGGUUGGGAUCCCCGGGGAUGGGAAGGGGAUGAUCAACAUCAUUGCAGCGGUGCAGAAGCAGCAGCAGCAGUCUGGCAACCACCCCAUCACUGUGCACUGCAGUGCUGGAGCAGGAAGAACGGGCACCUUCUGUGCACUGAGCACUGUCCUGGAGAGGGUGAAGGCAGAGGCCAUCCUCGAUGUCUUUCAGACAGUCAAGAGUUUAAGACUACAGAGGCCACACAUGGUGCAGACACUGGAACAGUACGAAUUCUGCUACAAGGUGGUGCAGGAAUACAUCGACGCCUUCUCAGACUACGCCAACUUCAAGUGAAGAAAAACAGGAACAAAAAAUCCACACCCACCCUCCCAAAAACAAAUGACAGAAGAGUUGCCUUCUUUAAUAUUUUGUAAUAUUCUGUUUGUUAAUAUACCCCCCCAAACAAAACAAAAAAAACAAAACCUAUGUGUAUAUAUCUUAACUGUUUUAGAGGUUGGUACCAUAAGCUUCAUAUUAGCUGGAGAUUUUAUAUGUAGCAAAGUGUUAGUGCAGAUACUGUUGGCUCCUUUUUUUCCAAUGUUUUAUUGGGGAAUUAAAUAGCUUGAUGUUUGGAUUAA